CAAUCUCUCUCUCUCUCUCUCUCUCUCUCUCUCUCUCUCUCUCUCGUGUGUGCGCGCAUGCGUGUGUAUCUGUCUCUGUUCACAGCAGAGCCUGUCCGGCAGGGCAGCGGAUGUGUGAGGGAUGAUUCAGUGGCUGACAGGAAGCCCGCCGCCUUGCCUGCUGCCCGCAAGUGUCAGUGGCAUUGGUGUCGGCUCCGGUAGGUGUGUGGGCUCAAGAUGAGGUGGCCGCAGUGAAGAGCUCCCAAUUCUCAGGGGAAGUGGCCAGGAGCGAACAUGAAUGCAGAGACUGAGCUGCUGUGGCCUGGGGCGGCCCUCCUGCUGCUGCUGGGGGCAGUGGCCAGCCUGUGCGUGCGCUGCUCCCGCUCAGGUAUGAAGCGGCCCGAGAAAAUCUGUGAGCAAAGGAAUCUGCCAGAUGACCAACAGAACUUCGCAGUGUCCCGGACCUAUUCCCUGGCCAAGCCCAUGAUGGACAUAGCCUCCGACAGGACACCAGCACGGAAGGACAAGCUGCUGCAGUUCUUCCCCAGCCUCGAGGGUUCUGCAUCCCCAAGGUAUCAGAACUUCAGAAAAGGAAGCAGACUUGGAUCGAAUGCAGUCUACAUAGACCCCACCAGCAUGGACUGUUUCACCUGGGAGCAGUUCCAGAAGCCCCAGGAAGAUGACGAUGAUGCUAAUUCCUAUGAGAACGUGCUCAUCUGCAAGCAGAAGCAGCCCGACUCAGGUGAUGAGGGAUCUGAGGAUUACCAGAACUCAGCCUCCAUCCAGCAGUGGCAGGAAUCCAGAAGGGUCGUGGAGAAGGUCCUGAGAGGAGCACCUCCCUGCCCUGCAGCAAGCCCAGACGAGGACGACGAAGAGCCCGAUUAUGUGAAUGGGGACGUGGCAGCCGCAGAAGCCUAGGGCAGACCCAGAGGAGCCAACCAUUUUCGCCUUCACUGAAGGGGCCCAGGAACCCAAAGCUCACAGGAAUAUUGACUGUCUCCCAAUGACUGCUUCUCCAGAGCUGCUCGACUUCUGGACCCCAGCGGUUACUCAUGGGAGGUGCACCGUGUCCCAGGGACCACCCCUCUGGCCACGCGGAGCCGGCCUGGUGCCAAGGGCAGUGCAGCUCCCGCCGUAAUUAGAAGCCCAGCAGUAAGGGCAAGCCGCAACUCCGUCCCAUCUAAACAUCCUACAACACUGGUGUUUGUGUUCUUUUCUGCUUCAGAUUUGGAUCCCAAAUUGCUUACCAAUGUCAGUUGCUGGGACUUUUUUCGUGAUCGAUAACUUUGUAUGAUUAAUUUAUAUAGAUGGAGCCAUAUUUGGUAUUCUACAUCCCAAGUUAGAUUUGGUCUAUCUUGUCUCCUGUAAGCAUUACACGGACUAACUUCAGCAGACACUCAGGGGGACCCUGGGACUUCCUUUGGACCUCGGUUCACUGAGGAAGAGCUGAGGCUCCAGCACCUGAGUGCCCCUUUUGUGGGCACACCCUGUGGACACAGCACGUCAGUUCUGCCGAAGGGGCAGGCAGGGUGCAGCGGAGGCACCCCAUCAUCUGCUCCGAACCUUCUGCUCCAGGGCUGGCCUCGGUCAGUGGACUGGGCAGCAUGACCGUCUCUGCACAAGGGCAGAGGCCCAGUGGGACUUUGAGUGAGAAGAGCCAGGCAGGAAAAUGCCUCCUGCAAUCACCCUUGCAAUAAACCUUUCUAGUCUAAGAGCA